AUGAGUUUUGCUCAAGAAAGUGAAUACAGAAAUGUUAGUCAAGAUCUCUCUGAUAUUGAAGAUAAAACUAGUGAUGAUUCUACAUCACUUAAUCAAAGUGACAAGAAUUGCAAGACAUAUCUUAGUUUUCAAAAUCAAGUGCAACUUCAAUAUUAG